AUGGCCUCCUCCAGUACUUGCCAUGAGGCUGAGAAGUCAGAAAAUGUCGACGUUUCUCCGAACAAUGGCAUGGGAAUUCCCUUCGAGCCACUGCCUUUGCUGAGCUGCUUGGCCAUGGCUCUGCAUGAAAACCCUAAAGGCGCUAACCCUAACGCUGGUCCGUGCAGAGGAGAUGGGGAUGACGUCACCGUGGCUCUCCAAAUUGGCCUCCCUAAUUAUUUGGGCGGAUCGGCGCGUUCUUCCUCAGAGAUUACGAGCCGGAGUGCACCUAUGGAAAGAUAUUGGAUCCCUACUCAGCAACAAAUCCUCAUUGGAUUCACCCAUUUUUCAUGCCAUGUUUGCUUCAAAACGUUCAACCGCUACAACAAUCUUCAGAUGCAUAUGUGGGGCCACGGUUCACAGUACCGCCGAGGGCCAGAGUCACUCAAGGGCACGCAGCCGCGGGCCAUGUUGGGGAUACCGUGCUACUGCUGCGUCGAGGGGUGCCGGAACCACAUAGACCACCCGAGGGCCAAGCCACUCAAGGACUUCCGGACCUUGCAGACACACUACAAGCGGAAGCAUGGAUCGAAGCCCUUCGCAUGCCGCAAGUGCGGCAAGCCCCUCGCUGUCAAGGGUGACUGGAGGACCCACGAGAAGAACUGCGGCAAGCGCUGGCUCUGCGUUUGCGGCUCGGACUUCAAGCACAAGAGGUCGCUCAAGGACCACAUCAAGUCAUUCGGCCCUGGCCAUGGGCCUUUUGCUCCUGACUCGUUAGACAUUGGGGUCGAGGUCUCGGGUGGUUCUGUAGCACCGUUCAUGUUUGUCUGA